AUGCAGGCCAUAUUAAGCAACCUCACUGGAGCCUCAUCGUAUGGUUCUUUCGGCAACUUUGGCAUCCGCCAGAACGCCAAUGAGUCUAAGCCUGAUGGCAAGCCUGCGACGCCGGGGCACGCAGGGCAGGUCGUAAUCCCUGCGGCGUCAUCCAGGCCAUCGACUUCUGCAGCCCAGAGCGUCACAGGAUCCGGGCAUGGAGGGUCACGAACAGAGCCUCCCAAGCGGAUCUACACUGUCGAUGGUCUCCAAAUCUCGACGCCGUCACUCGAUGACAUUGCAGCAGGGUAUUCUACCCGCCGCAACAAGAUUCUGCUGCAGGGUGACCCGCAGGUGAUCCACAAGCAGCGCGUCGAGACUGCGAUCCGCGUCAUCAUUGACAUGCUCCGCCAGAUCCCCCCUUCGCCAUCCGUCCCCAACCCUCACGCAACCCUUGCCACGCUCAUCCCUCGUGACCCCACGGGCAAUAGCCUCUACACGUUCGAAAGGUUGGCCAACUUCCGCGGCCUCCGAUUACAAGCGGGUACGACGACUAAGACGAGCUCGAAGAAGCAGCUCGCACAAGGCGCGAUCCCAAUACAGCAGCUCGCAUAUGUCGAGACGGCUGUCUACAUGAGCGGGGAGAACGGCAAGCGUGUUUACGCGUGCAAGCGCUGUCGCGCGCGCGAGGAGCGUCGGCGACAGAACAAGGACGCUGCCAGGAAGAAGCAGAUUGUCCCGGACUCGGACGCUGUGGCUCCCAACGCCCCACGGCCUUCCCUCCAUCCACCAACCGAGGACUACAUCACGGGGGAGAACGCGGUCCAAUACGAUCCCCACCGUAUUGGGCAGGUGGUGGAGGAGCCGCCUUGGGACCCGACGAUACCAGAUUGGCGCCACGAGAUCGUUUUGUUCAACUCGCCGCCUGACGUCGCUGUCAAAGACGGUUCGGCUUUCUGGCUCCCAUUCCGCGUCAUCUGCUACUGCAAGUGCCACGGCGAGAAGGUCGGCUUCCGGAUCAAGUUCACUAUUCGCACAUUUGACGGGCGCAUCAUUGCCUCUGAGAUGACUCAUCCUAUCAAGAUUACCGACGACCACAAGACGGAUGCCAAAUCAAAACCUCGCGUGGACCGCUUCGCCGCAGCUGGCGGGCCUCAACCUACUCGCUCAAGAAAGGGCCGGAUGAGCACUGCGUCGUCCCAGCGCGUCUCUCCUGCCCCGUCCGAGAGUGAGAUGAGCGUCACCUCCGAGGUCGGCGCAGUGACGCAGAAGCAGACGCCGCAGGCGCGCCAAGGAAAGCCCUACGAGCGCCCUCCGUCUCAGUCGCCGGCUGUGCAGACCUCUGCGCUGCCGUUCGACUUCUUGAACCAGGCUGAGAACCAACGCCCACGACUUUCCCGACAGGUAUCAUCCUCGUCAUAUGUUUCACAACCUGACAUCACGAACUGGACGCCGGAUGCCGUGCAGCAGUCGACGGUCAGCCCCGACGCCCUCCGUCGGCCCAACUUCGCGGGCAUGACACCCAUGACCAACAUCAAUACCAUGUCGAACCCAUCUUCGCAUGCGCCGAGCCCUAAUCCGGCUCUCAACGGGAUAGGCGGUGGUCUUGGGGUCCACGGAAUGGGCUCGAACGACAUGUUCAACCACGACCUGAACGUGCCUCACCAGGGCCUUGAUCUCUCCGCGCUUGGCGCGGCGCAGAAUCCACUGUUUGCAAACCAGCAGCAACCCGUACCUCAGCACGACGUUGACAUGGCGAACGUAGCGACCGAGUUGGAGAACAUGUUGAUGUUUAGCGGUGGCUCCAGUCACGCGUCCGUCACAUCGAGCAGCUACCGCGACGACCACUCUUCCGUCUUCUCCGGCUUCAAUAACCAAGGGAGCAUGUUCAGUGACAGCGGCCUCCCGCCCGAGAACACGUCGUUGGACGACAUGAUCGACUACUCUGGCGGCGAGAGCUCCAGCGCCAUCAGUCCUAUGCACGGCCUCAACCUCUCUCCUACUGUCGGCAUGGGUAGCCUCGACCUUGGUCAUUCACCUUUCCCUCAGACUGGAUCGCUUCCGCGCGUCAACAACAACAACCCCAACGAUCACGAGGCUCAGACCAGAGCUUUACUGGCUCUUCUCGCGCAACAGCAACAUCAGCACCAAGUGCCGCAACAGCCUGUCCCCGUCGUGUCGCACGUAAUCCCUGCAGAGGGAGACAUGGCGGGUGGCACUCCAGUGGCGAUUGCUGGGCGUUUGUUCCAGCCAGACACAGUCAUCGUCUUCGGUGGCAGACCCGCUAUCACGACGUACGUCACCGACUCGUUCCUGCAGUGCACGCUCCCCCCGAGUCCGAGUCCUGGCGACGUAGAGGUGACUGUUCAAGGCCACAUGAAGGACCCCACAGUUCCUGCAAUGUUGUUCAGGUACACUGGCAUGGACAAGGAAAUGAUGCGACUCAUGCUCGAGGUGCGUCAGCGCCACGGUGCUGCGGAUCCUGCAGUGCGGCUCGUUGAUCACCUCGCUCGUUCCAAUCAAAACAGCGAUAUCAGUGAUCGGUCAAGCAUGAGCCCCGCAGGCAAGCAAUCGCCUUUCGACGCUUUGGAUGUGGUGCCCACGGACCAAGCUACGAUUGGCAGUGACGAAGAGGAGUCGAAUGAGGCACCAACGUCACUGGCGGAACCAAAAGACCUCCAGACCACCCUUGUUACGUUCCUGGAGUCGUUUGGAACGUCUCUUGGGUCACUCCAGACGUCGGGUGUGGUCAACCUUCCCAACAAGCAAAGGCAUACCUUGCUCCACCUCUCGACCGUCAUGGGCUUCCCGCGCCUUCUGAAACGUCUUAUUGUGGCUGGCGCAGAGUUGGACCUGCAGGACGUCAAUGGGUUCACGCCGCUUGCGCUUGCAGCUCUGUGUGGCCAGACGGCGUGUGCCCGGAUCCUCCUCGAAUCUGGCGCAGCAUACGAUGUCCCCACCGUCUUUGGCGAGAUGCCGCUCGACCUUGCCAAGGUAGACGACGAGAACGAGGUCGAGGGUCUCCUACUCGCAGCAGUGUGGUCUACAAACCCCGACGCCCCCGUCAUCGAGUCCGACUACGAGUUGUCUCCAGAGUCUGAGUCCGACCACAGCGAGAUCGACAACGACAACCCGAGCUCGUCCGAAUCCGAGUCCGACGAGGAGGCUAUUGAGCUGGAGAGCGUUUCCAACGCAAGCAGAGCCCUCCGCUCUCGGCGCUCGACUCGUCGCAAGGGCAAACAGCGCUCGCUUGAUGCGCGUCGGGAGAUUCCGCCCAACAGGUCGCGCCGUACGUCGCCUAACGAGUCGCCCAACAACUCGGCAUUCCAAUCGGUGCCUCGCGAUGAUCCUCCUCCGUACACGCCGCCUGAGGCUGGUUCCUGGAUGUCUAGGACGCUGUCCAACAUUUCGCACCCGAUAAGCGACACAAUAAACGGGGCUCUCCCCACAUUCUUAGGCAAUUGGGAGAAGCACCAGCAGGAACACCCCGGUACCAACUGGGUUGCCUUCCCUGCCCCAUCGUGGGAAAGCUUACAGAAGCUUACGAGUCCGGAGGAGGUCAAGCUCUUCACCCAAGCUAUGGCGGCGGCGGCGUUCAACGCUGUGGUGCAGUCUGGAGCGACGACAUCGCAUCUGCAGGACGCGACGACUGCGCCCUCUCCGGGCAAGGUCAAGCAGCGCCGCAAGCGCCGCGCGAGCGAGGACUCGAGGUCGUCAGGACAGCUGAGCAACAGCGUUGUCGAACAGGUCAAGCAGGACCGCAUGCUGUACCUGUUCUGGCUCCCUGUGCUGCUCUUCGUUGGAUUCUGGCUGCUGGUGACGGCGCUGCCCAUAGCCACCGGUUUCUGCUUGAUAUACGCCCGCCAGAUUGGCCGUGCUAUCAAGCAGCGCUUGUAA